CAUUCGGCUUGGACUUCAGUGUUCCAAAUGUUCUAAGCUCCCUGGGCAAGAUGUGUCUGCUUAUUGCAGAGGCCUCUGUUAUUGUGAAAGAGUGAGGGUACUUAGGAUGAAGGGAAUGUGGACCCUCAGGACUAAAGCAGUGGGAGAGGCCCGGGAGGUGGGGCCUGGGGAGGCGGGGUCUGCUCUGACGUCACCAAGCCCCUGAUCGUAGAGGAGAUGGUGGGCGCAGGCUCUGGAGGCUCAAGCGGAGGAGGGGAAAGAGGCUUUCUGCUAAUCAAGAUGAGUGAUAAACCAGACUUGUCAGAAGUGGAGAAGUUUGACAGGUCAAAACUGAAGAAAACUAACACUGAAGAAAAAAAUAGUCUUCCUUCAAAGGAAACUAUCCAGCAGGAGAAAGAGCGUGUUCAAACACUGUAAAAUGGGGAUCUCCUCCAAAGAGCAUAUUUCAACAUUGCCUGACAGUCUUGGUUUUAGGCUUGCUUUUUGUAAACCUAUGUGUUUGUAAAGAUUUCAGGCAUCUUCUGAUUUCUUCUUAACUGUAUUCCCUGGCUAAGGUAGUGAGUGUUUCCUUAAGUUCCUUUUUAAAUUUCCCAUUGGUAUGUAAAUUCCAAAUGGCAGAUGCUGUCAAUAAUCUUGGCAUUGAUGACCUUUGUAUGUUUAGUCCUUGUGUCUCAUACAGGAUAAGCCAAUUUUAACCUUCUACAAUGGAUGCCUCAAUUGUUUCAUAAUCUUCAUGAAGAUGCAUCCUUUGGCAGCUUCUUAUAGUUUAUUUUCACUUCCAAUGUAGCAAUAAAAUAAUAAAUAUAAUA